AGAGUGUAAAUCCUCUCAAGGAGGAGAAAGUUGGGGAAAUGUGAUGGUCUGGCUGGGGAUUGGAGAGUAGGCUGCAGAAGGGAGGAGCCAGGAGGCUGUCAGGAAACUUGCAGAGAUAAAGGGAGGCAUAAAGCUUAAAGUGCCUGGAGGAACAGAGUGAAACUUUGGGUGCUGAGGAACGGAGUGAAACUUGGAUGCUGUUCAAAGUGCCUAGCACUUGCCUUGCAGAGUAAAGCUGAGACCAUCUUCCCCUCCACCCAAGCUCCUCUCCACCAUGGCCUCGGGGAACAGUGAUGACCCUCCUGGGAAAAGGAAUAGCAACGGGUCCGAGAGAAGAAACAGCAAUGGGCAAAGACGGCUGUCGGGGAUCAAUGCAGAGGACCAGGUGGCUCAGCAGACAGAGGAGGUGUUUCGGAGCUAUGCCUUCUAUCGCUACCAGCAGGAGAGGGAGGAGAGCACAGAGGAGAUGCCCAUGGAUCCCGAGAUUGCCGAGAUCCAGCAGGAGCCAGGCAGUACCAGUAGCCUGGUGGGCCGGCGCCUGGCCAUCAUUGGCGAUGACAUCAACAUGCGGUACGACGCUGAGUUCCGCAACAUGCUCAAGUCCUUGCGGCCCACAAAGGACAACGCCUACGAGUACUUCACAAGGAUCGCCUCCAGCUUAUUCGAUAGCGGCAUUAACUGGGGCAGGGUGAUUGCACUGCUGGGGUUCGGCUACCGGAUGGCAAUCCACGUCUACCAGCACGGGGUGACCGGCUUCCUCCGGAGCAUUGCUCGCUACGUAGCAGAUUUCGUGCUCCGCAACCGCAUCGCCCGGUGGAUUGCACAGCAGGGAGGAUGGGUGGCAGCAUUGGACCUAGACAACGUUUACCUGAAGUACAUGAUGAUCGUGCUGAUUGCGGUCCUGCUGGGACAGUUCGUGGUACGUCGCUUCUUUGGACAUUGACCGUCAUGGAGGCGGAGGCCGAGGGUCCGGCUGAACUCUCAACACACUGCUCUGUAACGACGUCUCCCAAGAGAGGGGCUCGGGGAACCACAAAGGGAGAUCUGCUUGGACCUAUGACCUCUCUUCAACAAAGCACCAGGUUUUCUACCAUCCAUGGAGAGACUCUCCCAGAAACUACUCAGAGGCAUUGCAGGGGGGGACAGAGGAAAGAGCAGGGCAUUUGCUAUCUCAUCCAGCUGUUGAGUCCUGGAGCAAGGGCCUUCCCAGUGGGCAGCAACAAGGGAGGAGUUCCAGGCUCCUCAAGUACAAGGAAACCAGAGAAAGCCCAUUAGAGGAAUGAACACCCUGUUACCAUAAUGCUAUUCUCCUUGUCUGCUCAAUGGGGUUCUCGCAUGCUCCUUGCAAAGGGCACAGAUCCCUGUGUUCUCCAGUAUCAGCCUGGACCCCGCCUGCACUCGUACAACAGAAUUAUAAGUCACAGGAGGAGGCCAAGCCAUGCGGGUUUUGCUUGUAGCUGCCCCACAGCCAAGCUCAGAUACUCAGCCUUACCAGUUCCUUUUAAAAAGCACCCUGCCUGCCUUUUAACCCAACAGAAGAUUACUGGCAAUCUAGGUGCACCCCAGAGAGUGAUGGGUAGACUCUUCCUGCCAGAACUCAACUCUGGAGAUGUGUGUUUUCCCCACUAGCAUCACAGACAUGGGGUGGCUUUUGCUGGUCAUGAGCCCUUACACAUGCUUCAGCCUUAAUGUGCUGGCAGGUAUAUCAAAUGAAGAGCUGGUAUUGAAUAGUAUCAAAUCAGACUUCCUGAGAAAGGACAGACAGCAACUUUCUCAGGCAAACCUUUUUUUGUUAAGCCUUACUUUCUGCAACUAAAGUGGAAACUGAGAUAUGUCACCCCCUGCGUCCCUUCAGAAAAUGACAGCAGGAGGCUUAGGAAGCGGAUCCAUUCUUUACUGCUGCAGCUGUCUGCAGAUUGAACUUCAGGUGCCCCUGAAUGUCCUGCUGGGUUCUUGCACACCUUCCCAGGGCUGCUGUGUCUCGGCAACUGACACUGUAGUGGAAGGGCUUUCAGUGGAGACUCCACCUGGCAGGGCCUCUCUGACCUGCUGCUUGCACUUCUGGUCAGGAUUAGAAAAUUGUGAACAACUCCUUGUCGGCUGUCAUUCAGAGAGUGGGUCCAAGCAGAUCCUGACUCUGAAAUCCUUCUAGCCUUUGAGGCCAUGGGUCCCAUAUUUGAGUCUGAGCCCAGUGCUUCAGCCAUUUGUAUUCCUCACUUCUGGUUACUGUGUAAAGCUUGAAACUGUGACUGCUGUGUCCACCUCUGGCUCAAACUAGGCCUAAGCCUGCUUCAGCUAACCCUGUUUUCUAGCAUGCUUGGGCCAGUUCAGGGAGGACCAAAUCCCCAGCUGAAUGACUUCCACGGAGUAAAACCACCUUUGACUGGCUGAGGAUCUGGCUCCCUGUCCCAAGGCUGCCUAAUCUUGGGGAUUGCAUAGAAAGACAUGGCAAUGCUUAUAAAACUUAAAGUAUGAAGUGCUGUUAUCUGGGACUUUUCCAUUCUUGCGUCUUUGUUCAGUCAGGGCAAUGCGGGAGCUCUAGAGAAGAGGCAGUCGAGAUGGUUGGAGGGAAGCUGUGACUCACCUUGGUGGUGGUGAUAAUACUGGAUCUGUGUUGCUGCUGUCCUGACCCUGGCAGUGACCAGCACCAGAUGCUUCAGAGGAAAGUGCAGGACCCCUACAGUAGGCAAAUGAGAGACUAUCCCCACCCCUCCUUCAGUGCCAUAAUAAAGAUCUCCCUUAGAUCCCUAAUAGUUAGAGACAGGCUUAAAGCCUGAAGCUACACAUUUACUACCCCAUAAAGCAGCAGUUCUCAAACUGGCAGGUUGCACACCACCAAUUUAAAAGGAUACAACCUUAAGUAUCACCAGCAAAUUUUUGUCAUAUAAAGUAAUUAUAAUAAAUCUGACAGUGUAUGCGUACUGCAGAUUGGGAACCAUUGCCAUAUAGAUGGGGGUCGGACUCGAUGAUCUAUUGAGGUCCCUUCCGACCCUAACAUCUAUGAAUCUAAGAUUCUGAUCCUCGACCAAACCACGUGGCAGGGAGCACCACAGCCCGACUGCUUCAUUUGCAAAUGAUCUUGCCCUUUUGUCGGUUUAAUUUCGGCCACUGUCCCUCAUCAGGGUGUGAGGAUGCAGGGAGAAGAGUGGCUCCAGCUUUGCUUCCCUAGGCACUUUGCUUGUUAAUGCUUUUUAUCACAGCUUUCAUGUUCCUGUCCUUUCUUUAAGGGGAAAACCAGCAGCCACUUCAAUCUCUCUGCAUACAAGCAUGUUUUCCCCCAUCCCUUCUUUCUGUCUUCACCUCUGAAAACCCCUACCCCAAUUCCUUCAUGUAUAUUACCCGGAUGCAUGCAAACUACUGACUCAUAGAUGGGCACUCUGAUGUUUUCCACCAUGUUCUGCCUCUCACUUCAUAUGUAACCUGACCUGCCUUAGUUCUGUGCUGAACAGAAAUCAUCACUGAACUGUCUCCAGGGAUCCUCAGGUCUUGUUCCUGAGCUGAUGCGUUUAACUUCAAUGCUGGUUAGGUAUACGUAACCAGGCUGGGGUUUUCUCUCUGUAACAUGUUGCUUUUUACUUGCCCACACACAGCUUCACUGGCUGUUCAAUUGCCCACUUCUCUAAUUUGAGUAGGUGUUUGCAUUUCCAGGCUGUCUUCUUUGUCCUGGGCUAACCUAAAAACUUUGGCCUCCCUCUCCUAUUUACUACCACAGAACUUUUUUUUUUUUCUGACAAAUGAUUGCAUUCAGAUGCCACUACAUGUGGGGAGGAACCCGAGGCAUCUUGCUCUGAUGAAAACUGACCACUCAUUCCUAAUCUUUUUCUUCCUCACGGCUUUGCCAGUGUUUUUGAUUCCUCCUGUUUUCCUCCAUGACUGCUUGCCUCUAGUAGCUUCUUGGUGUGGGACCUUGUCGGAAGCUUUUGGAAAUCUCUGAAUUAUGUGAGCUUGUACUGGUACAUUGAAAGUACCACUGAUAAUGUGAGAGUUACACUGAUGAUGAGAGAGGAUCUUUUUGCAAACCCCAUGCUGGCUAGAUCUUCUCCUGGUUUGGUCUUCUAGAAGUAGUUGGCCAUUUUUAAUGGGUUCAUCUGGUUUCCUAGAUACUGGCAGAUGUUUGGGAGACUAUAGGAUGCAACUCCAGUCCCAGGAGAAGCCACUAGAUCUGGACUGAGAAGAGCUUUGAAAACUGAACCUUUGCCUUGUUGUAACCUCUGUUUUCCCCCCCAGAAUUCAGGUGGUUCCUUUGAACUUCUGCUUGCUAUAAGAAUAGGCUGUGGGAACUUUCCUGCAUUCCUCCACUGCUCUGAGCUGACUCUCCUCUGCUUAGAGAGUAGUACCAGAGUGGAGCAGAGAAAACAGGUUUGAACAGGGAGAUGCUUAUUUAAUUGCUGAUAUGCAGUACUGUAUCCAGCCACAGGAUGGCAAAAUUGUUGCACAUUCACGCAGGUGCCCCUGCAGCAGCAUGAUCCCAGGGGAAGACUAGAGAAGACUGUACCUUUUAGUUUAACUCCACAGGGAAGGUCUCAUUGAAUGAGACAAUCCAAUGGAGACAGCUGCCAAAGGGAUUUUAUCAUCAGCCAUUUGCCAGUCUGGCCUUGAUGCUUCACUUGCUGUGGUCUGAAUCCGCUAGCAGCUUGUUCUAGCUCUGCCUUCUGGGCUACUUUAAAGGAAGAAAGCCACCUUCGUCAGCUGUUUGCAUAGCUUUUAGUCAGGGAGGCAUGGCUCAUGGGACUGGGAUGGACUACGGCAGUUCCCUGUUUUGGAUCUGCUGGUUCAAAAGCAGCCCUGGAGAGAGAGAAGCAAAACUACUUGGUGACCGCUGCUCUCUUCCCACAUCCUAUUGAGUUUUAGGAUCUCAGUCCAGUGAGCCAUCUACCUUGGACCCAACACAGUAGGCUGUCUCAGCAGAGUAUGGGACAGGAAGGCCUGGAGAAAAAUUGCUCUGGGAAUUUUUCUCUGCUACCUGUGCAAUACAGAGAGGACAUCUAUCCACAGGUCUAGCAAUGCCAGCAGUUCCUUUUUCUUAGAAGUUGUGGUCCUUGCACGGAGGACAUGAAAACAGCUCAAGGGGAGCUAGUCCUUGGGCAAAGCUUCUAACCACUGUGGGACUAACCUAGGGGGAAAUGAGCCUAAGCUACUACAAAGGCACCACCUCAUAGCUUAUGCUGCCUUCUGUGUCUGGAGGAGGAAGAGGGCACAUGGGCACUGAGAGAGGAUUGCUGCAAUCUAAGUUCUCUGCACUGGGGAGGGGUUAGUAUACCCUGGCUAGGGCCACCAGGCUUGCUGUAUCCUAUCCCAUCCCUUUCAUCCCCCUUAUGGCAGGAAGCAGGACCUGGCUCCAUGCCAGCUAGAGGUUUGCUCAGGGCUAGACUGUCUCCAGGCAAGGGAGCAGGCACAUGGUGUUGGGGCAGGCAGCUGGGCAAAAAAUACUGAUGUGAAUAGAAGCCAAAAAGGAAAUCCAAAUCACAGCAUUUAAUAGGAGGUAUGAAAAGGGACAAGAGCAUAAGGGAAAAGUUCCUCCCUACUACUGAGCCUGGUCAAUGGUACCUGUUCUCCCAUGCAGCAGUGGUUCUUUAUUCAUGGAUGAAAGCAGUAGCUCAAGCUAAGGGAUCACUCAUCUGACCUACCUCCCUUCCAGACACUUCUCCAAACCCUGUGCUGGGACCUGGCACUGGUAAGAAGCCAGAAACACAUGCUUGAGGGUGGUGACACUAUGGAGCCUGGGGCUAGCUGGGGAUCCUCCUGUCAGCCUGAGUUGUGGGGCAAGACAUGGUGCUGUAUCAAAGGGGGUUUUCUCCUGACUAGCGGCAGCUGACUGUGAAGCUUUGUGAGGGUAGGGUUUUGCAGGUAUACUUGAAGCCAUAUUGUAGCUAUUAUAAGUCUGCUUGAUCUUUUUAUCAUGUUCUUGGAAGCCUUGGUGUUCCACAGAGCCCCUCCCCACUUAGCAGCCACUGUAGAGGGUACCUAGGGAGACCCCACUUCCCAGAGUACUUCCCGCAAUUCCUGCCUUCCUCCCACACACAUGGGGCAGAGGGAAGAAAGGGACAAGAGCCUUGACAGUAGGUGUGCCCUAAAGAGGGGGGAACUUUUUCCCCACCUCUUUUUUUUAAUUCUUCAUCCCAUCCUCCAUGCUGGCUCUGUGGCAAGAGGGGCCUGUGGAACACACUGAACUGUCCAACUGGAAAACUAUUUGCAAAUCAUUCUUUUUUUAAAGUUUAUGUAAUAUAUAUUUUAAAAUAAAGGUAUGCAGUUCCAGUCUUCCCAUGA